CCUUUUCCAGCCAAUGGCAGCGCCUCGUGUUGGCCGGCAGGCGCUGAGGGCGAGGAGGAAGCUGCGCCCGCUCAGCUGCUAUGGGUCGGGCGGUUGUGGCGGGAGGAGCAGCCGAUAAGAAAGAGCAGCAACGGCACCGCCGGCGUCUGAGGGCGCCGCGCCAGCCCCGCUGAGGCUGCUCCAGGGCGGUCGGGGAAACCUCCGAGACGCUGAAGCUGGCGAGCCGUGGUCCGGAGUUGGGAGCCCCUCCCGGGUUGCGCUGCUGCCCGGCUUCCCCGGCUCCUGCCCCGGCCCAGCAGAAAAGGAUGAAGAAGCGCAAGGAGCUCAACGCGCUCAUCGGAUUGGGCGGCGGGAAUGGGGACCGGGGAAGCGGGAGCGGCGGCGGCGGCGGGCGCAAGAAGAGACACUCGAGGAAAGGCUCCGCCUCGGGCCACCGGCUCCUCCGCACCGAGUCCGCCGAGAGCAGCAGCAGCAGCUCUUCCGGCCCGGAGUUCGGGGACGGCUUCGGGCUCCCAGGCGCCCGCUCCCGCUUUGCCAAGGGUGACUACCUGCGAUGCUGCAAGCUUUGCUACCCAUUAUGUGCUUUUGUCAUUUUGGCUGCUUGUGUGGUAGCUUGUGUUGGCUUGGUAUGGAUGCAGGUUGCUCUCAAGGAAGACCUGGAUGAAUUAAAGGAGCGGUUUCGAACCAUGGAGUCUAAUCAAAAAACCUCAUUCCAAGAAAUUCCUAGAUUGACUGAAGAUCUGCUUAAUAAACAAAAGGAACUGGAAAAGAUUGAGAAUGGAGAUGCGGGAUUAAGCAAAAUAUGGGUAAACAUCACUGAAAUAAGCAAACAGAUUUCUUUGUUGAUGUCAGCUGUAAAUCACCUCAAAACGAACAUUAAAUCUGCUUCUGAUUUGAUUAAUCUUCCUGUCACAGUAGAAGAGCUUCAGAAAAGUGUUGCUACUAUAGGUAGCACUGUAACUAGUGUUCAUCAUGAUGUUGAGAGUAUGCAGGCAGCAAUUGAAGAACAUAAGAAAACUAUAGAGACACUCCAAAAUGAGAUGAGUGAACUCGCAGAAGAUGUUAGAGGAAAGCAGCUGCCUUCAUUUUCCUCCUCUCCAACCCCCCAAAUAAGUGAGAAGAAUCUGACAGACAGUUGUAAACAGGAUAACCAGUACCUACAUACCUCUAUAGAAGAGGUAAACUCUACCCUAAUGUUGUACCAGAAACAGAAUGAUUUAAAACUUUUCAAUAUGGACUCCACAGUUGGCAAUCUAAGUUGGAGAGUUGCUUCAUUAGAAAAUCAUAUGACAGUGAAUAAACUGGAAAAAAGAGAAAACCUGACCCUUGGCAUGGUGAGCGACUUAACUACCUCGGUGAAAGUAGAAAAUGAACCAAGGAAUGAAACUACUACUGAAAAGGUACAGGGCAUGGAGAAUAUAGAAAACGGGGAUUCUCAGGUAUCUAUGUUAAGAGAGAAGCUGCAGCUGAUCAACGCUCUGUCAAGCAAACCAGAAAGUGAUCGAUCUGAAGCAUUGAAAAAAGGAGGAAAGCUCCAGAGCACUACAUCAAAGCCUACAAAGCUUCCAAGACUUUCUUCAAGAUCAGUUGGCAGCAGUUCUGAGGGGAAUAGACACCCAAGAGACUUGUCAUUACCUGGAAUAUCCAACAUAGAAGACCUUCAGGAUUUAUUCAGGACCAUCAGCCAAGACUCUGAUGGCAAGCUAUCCUUUGAAGACCUGCAAAAACUGGUUGGAUCUGCAGUGUAUGAUUCCCAGAGCUUUAAAGAAUUUGAUACAGAUGGAGAUGAGAAGUAUUCCUUACUGGAACUAAGGAUGGCUUUAGGUUUAUAGUAUCUCUACAUAUAAAAAUAACAGUAUUGAAGGACUACAGUAGCUAUACAAGAAAAACUGAUAAGUUAAAAGCUACAUCUGGCACUUUCUGAAUUAUAUACUAAUCUUUGCAGCUAACUUAGUGUACAUGUUGACACCGUUUUAAUUUUGUGUUCUUUGGAAAAUAUGGAAAGCUAAUUUUUGAUUUAAUUUAAGAGAUACAGACUCCUCAGAUUUUCAAUUUUGAACCUCUAAUCCUGAGAUUAUUUGGUAAUGCCUAAACUCUGUUGACAAGUAGAGGGCACAUAGGUGCAACUAAAUUUUCUCUGGAUUGAGGCUUAGAGGAUUAUAUUCUGCCAUGGUUUUGGAUAACUGGGCUGCACCUUAAAUUGCACUAAGAAUUUUAGCUCAAAGUUUUUAUUUCCCUUAUAAGGGAAGCACUUGUCUUCAAAUUAGAAUAUGUGUGUAUAUAUUGACAGACAUGUAUUUUAUAUUUCAAAUUUGCCUUAAAUUAGCUGCACUUUAGAAUAAAAAAAUAAAAGCAUCUAUCUUCACAGGAUGGGGGCUCUUUUCCUUGUAAAUAUUUAAAAUUGAAUCAAUUACAUCUGAGUCAACUUGGCAAUCUAUUAAAAGUAAUAAGGAUCCCAAAGUAAGUUGUGUUGGAGGAGGCUGAAAAGACAUGUUUCUCCUUAGGAGCACACUUUGGGGAUCUGCUUUUCCCAUAGUUGCAUGGGAAUCCAUGGAUAACUUUCAGAUACUAAGAUACCUGUCUACCAGACUCUCAGAAGGGCUUUUGUCCCUAAAGAUGAGAUGAAAUAAAGUUCCUGUUUAUUUUAUACUCUGAACCAUGAGAGAUAAGAAUAAUAACUAGUUCUUUCCCUCUGCCAUUCAAUUUCAUAUGGAGUGUUUAGUAUUAAAAACUUUUAGAAGAAGUGCAGUUACUAGCCUUUCUGUAGACUUUCCCUCUUAUUUUGGCUAACAUUUAUUGAAUUAAAUUUCCUCACCUUAAUACAAAUCUCAGCAAAUCAGAGGUUGUUUUACAUGGGGGUUAUGUUCCUAGUCAGGAACCCCUGGAACCAGGGCCCCUGCAAGUUGGAGGGCUGCUUGCCUGGCUUGGGGAAGGCUGUACAAGGGCUCUGACAGCGUCCUAGAGUCCUCCCAUCUCCCUUCCAAACCCUAGUAAGUGCUUGCCCACGCAGGAGGGCUCUGGGACCCUGUAAGCCUCUAAUGGAUAAUCCCACAAUCACAGCUCUGCACAGGUGUGUGUUGGGGAAAUAAAGAUUGGGAUUCUGCCACUCUCCAUGUAUUUCCCCACCGACCUGCGCAAAGCCGUAAUUGCAUUAGUAAAAUAAGCAUAGGUUGUGACUUACCUGAACUCUCAUUUUACUUCUUUCUUCAUUUAUGUGAGCCAGGAAAAGGUUGGGGAUAUUUGGGGCCAAACAUGGAGUGUAUCUUUGCAUUUGUACAUAGUGUUGUUUUUUUUAAAUAGCAGUGUGGUGUCCUGAUCCAGGUUGGCAAUGUGGCAUGAGUAAAGGUUAAAAAAAAAGGAUAGUAAAGGAGCCCUGGAUGGAUUAAGUCCAGUCAAAGACAACUAUGGGGUUGUGGCGCUCAUCUUGCUUUCAGGCUGAGGGAGCCAGCGUUUGUCUACAGACAGCUUUCCGGGUUAUGUGGCUUGCAUGACUUAAAUCACUAUUGGUGUAUGAAGGAGCGUGAUGAGUGCCAGAGUGGGGAUUCAAACCACCGACCUUCCAAUCGGCAAGCCCAAGAGGUCCAGUGGUUUAGACCACAGCGCCACCCGCGUCCCUUGUGGCAUGAGUAAAGGUAAAGGUAUCCCUGACCGUUAGGUCCAGUCGCGGACGACUCUGGGGUUGCGCGCUCAUCUCGCUCUAUAGGCCGAGGGAGCCGGCGUUUGCCCACAGACAGCUUCCAGGUCAUGUGGCCAGCAUGUCUAAGCCGAUUCUGGCGAGCCAGAGCAGCGCACGGAAAUGCCGUUUACCUUCCCGCCGGAGCAGUACCUAUUUAUCUACUUGCACUUUGACAUGCUUUUGAACUGCUAGGUUGGCAGGAGCUGGGACUGCAAUGGGAGCUCUCCCCGUCGCGGGGAUUCGAACCGCCAACCAUCUGAUCAGCAAGCCCAAGGCUCUGUGGUUUAGACCACAGCGCCACCUGCGUCCCUGUUGCAUGAGUAGAAGAGGGUUAACCCUCCCCGCUCCCAGUAUCAUUGUUGUGAUGAAAAUCCUGCCUUCUGAAAUUGUCUCAUAGGGCAAAUAGCUUGUGGGAGGGAUUUCCAUUGGGAUCACCACACAGAGAGUAAAGAUUAACCCAUUGAUUCAGCACCGCAGUCCAUAUCUGGAUUGGGGACUCCACAUGUGCUGUUUUAAAAAGUGUGUGCAAAUGUGAAGAGUCUGUUGAUGUAUACUGCAGCUUGGUCCUUUUUACAGUUCCCUUGCUUAAACUUAAGAACUCUUUGAUAUUUUAAAAGGAUUUUACCUUUUCACUUUUAAUUUGAUCAGCAAAGUAACACAACAAAGUACAGACUUUACAGUCAUCUGAAUAUGCAUGCCAUGGACAAUAAUAAUAAUACUUUUAUCUAUAUGCCACCUAUCUGAGUUGCCCCAGCCACUCUGGUCGCUGUUAACAGAAGACUAGUGUACAUGGAGGUCUGAUAUAAUGUUGGUUUACUCUAGAGUAGAUGGAAACGAUUCCUCCAAAAACAUUACAAUAAUGAAAAGCCUUGAAAACCAAAUUUUUCUCAUAGGUUCUCUAAUUUUUUACUACCAGUUUCCUACCUGGGCCAGUUGACCUUGCCUAGUGAAGUAGAAAAAUAUUUCAAGAUUACUGAAAACCAGUGCUCUCUCAGACAAGUAUCAACCACUUUUUUAAUCUACUUUCUGUAUAAAACUGUUGACCAAAUUAAAUGAAGCAAUAAAAAUAACUUGGCUAGUA